GCGCACGGUUUUGGAGGAAGAAGAACCAUUUUCAAGAAGGUAAAAGCGCAAAAUGAAGAAUCUUGCGGUGGUUCCAUCUUCUUCGUCAUCGAGUUCUUCUCCAAUCUUAUCUUCUUUCGCACGACAAACCAAGACCCGUCAAAUUUCGGGUUUUCCCGCUCGGGUGAGUUCGUCGAAUGCCAAGCUCGAGUUUCGCGGGGUACGGUUGAAUGGGGAAGCUCAAAGAAGCAGUUUGAGGUGUGAGUGCAGUAGCAACAGACCCGGAAUUGGAGUCUCAGAUGGCAAUGAAAGGAGAUCUGUGAUAGAUGCCUUCUUCUUGGGGAAGGCAUUAGCAGAAGUUAUCAACGAGAGGAUCGAGUCCACAGUCGGGGAAGUCCUGAGCUCGAUAGGAAGAUUUCAAGCUGAGCAACAGAAGCAAGUUCAUGAGAUUCAGGAAGAGGUGCUCGAAAGAGCCAAGAGAGCGAAAGAAAAAGCGGCCCGAGAAGCCAUGGAAGCACAAGAAGCCGUUCCUCCCAAGCCCGCAACCAUAAACCAGGCACAAGCUUCUUCUUCCGCUGCUGCUGCUGCUGCUGCUGACAGCAAUGGCGUAAGCUCAGUAACUCCAUACUCCACCGAUACCGCAAAUCCGUGAUCUUUUUCGGGACAGUCGUUAGAGAUGUCCUCCGGGAUGAAAUCUUGGAUUUGAAACGAGACAUAAUAUGUACUGGUACAUCGUACAUGUAUUUGUGUUCCAUCAAGGGCCAAGGCCUGAGGAAAACAUUGGCAUUCGUGAGAUAUUCGUUCUCUAAACGAAGAUUA